UUUUUUUCUUUUAUUAUUAUUAUUAUUAUUAUUUUAACAGAAAAUGAUUUCUAUUGAAUUUUAUUAUUUAUUAUUAUUAUGGACAAUAUUAUUUAUCAUGAUAGUCACUGGACAACAACCUACCACUAUGACAAUUAGUAGUACUACAGCAUCUCCGAUUAUUCCACCACCACCUACAGCAACCAAUGGUUUCCAUGAUGAUCCAAAUAAUAGACCAUCUGAACAAGAAAGUUGGUUGAAAGAACAUAAUCGAUUUGUUUUCAUUAUUAUUAUUGGUUUACUUCUUCUUGCUCUUAUAUUAUGGUAUAUCAUCAAAAGUAUCAAAGGUAUGCGUAAAAGACACCGUGAAGAACAACAAGCUCAAAUGGAUAUUAUACAAAAAUUCUCUACUGAUCAAGAAUAUACCAAUCAUCCCCAACAACAAGAACAACAACAAGAACAACGUUAGAUAACAUUAUUAUAAUCAUUUAUAUUGUUUGUAUAUUUAUUUUAUUUAUUUUUAUAUAUAUAUAUAUUUUAAUUAUCU